GUCACUCCCCAAACAGGCGGAUAGCGCGGCGGCGCGCGCGCGCGCUCCCGGUGCCCUCCCCGUGACGUGCCUGGCCGAGGCCGCGCAAGGGCGCUGUAGCUGCCAGUGCCGCUGUCAUGGCGUCCGAGGCGCUGGCUGAAGAGAACCCGCCGCGGUCUCCUUAGAGCGAGGGGCUGGCGGCUGGGCAUGGAGAGCGGCCCCGAGAGCCUGCAGCCACUAGAACACGGGGUGGCCAUCGGGCCAACGCCAGGGACAGGUUCUCCGCAGGAAGGGCCACCGGAGACCAGGCUCGCCGCCGGAGAUGGUCCUGGAGUAUGGGCGGCGGAGAGCAGAGGCGGGAAUGGGCAGGGGGCGGCGGCCGCCGGGAGGAGCCUCUUGGACUCCGUUUCUCCCGCCGGCUCUCCUCAGGUUCCCAGACCCUGCAGCUCCUUUCCGGGCUUGGACUUGAAGGAGAGCGAUUUGGAGAACAUUGCUGUCCAGAAGGCGCCUCUGAGAGGGCAACACAAGGUGACCGCCUCGCCGGAGACCGCGGAGGCCGGAGCGGACCAUGGAUCGGGUCCGGCCGGAGACGCCGGCUGCCGCGCGGAUUCCGCCGGCACCUGCCGGGCAGAGUUGGCGGCCGCCGGCUCCGAGGAGCCUAGCAGCGCCGGCGGCCUCAGUAGCAGUUGCAGCGACCCGAGCCCUCCUGGGGAAUCGCCAAGCCUGGACUCCCUGGAGUCGUUCUCUAACCUGCAUUCUUUCCCCAGUAGCUCUGAGUUUAAUAGUGAGGAGGGAGCAGAGAACCGGGUCCCCGGGGAGGAGGAGGAGGGCGAGGGCGCGGCGGUGUUGCCCCGGGCUGUGCCUCUUUGCCGAGAAGAGGAGGAGGAGGAGGAGGGGGAGGAAGCUCAGGUACUGGCGGCCUCCAAGGAACGCUUCCCGGGACAAUCUGUCUAUCACAUCAAGUGGAUCCAGUGGAAGGAAGAGAACACACCCAUCAUCACUCAGAAUGAGAAUGGACCCUGCCCUUUGCUGGCCAUCCUCAAUGUUUUGCUUCUGGCCUGGAAGGUGAAACUUCCACCGAUGAUGGAAAUCAUAACUGCUGAACAGCUGAUGGAAUAUUUAGGAGAUUACAUGCUUGAUGCAAAGCCAAAAGAAAUUUCAGAAAUUCAACGUUUAAACUAUGAGCAGAAUAUGAGUGAUGCUAUGGCAAUCUUGCACAAACUACAGACAGGCUUGGAUGUAAAUGUAAAAUUCACUGGUGUUCGAGUGUUUGAAUAUACACCAGAAUGCAUAGUAUUUGAUCUUCUUGAUAUUCCUUUGUACCAUGGGUGGUUAGUGGACCCACAGAUUGAUGACAUUGUAAAAGCUGUUGGUAACUGCAGCUACAACCAGCUAGUGGAGAAGAUCAUCUCUUGUAAGCAGUCAGACAAUAGUGAGCUGGUUAGUGAAGGCUUUGUAGCUGAGCAGUUUCUAAAUAACACAGCCACUCAACUGACAUACCAUGGAUUAUGUGAACUAACUUCAACGGUUCAGGAAGGAGAACUUUGUGUGUUCUUUCGGAAUAAUCAUUUUAGCACCAUGACCAAAUACAAGGGUCUACUGUAUUUGCUGGUAACAGACCAGGGGUUUCUUACGGAAGAAAAAGUUGUUUGGGAAAGCCUACACAAUGUGGAUGGUGAUGGAAAUUUCUGUGACUCAGAAUUUCAUCUGCGGCCUCCUUCAGAUCCUGAAACCGUAUACAGAGGACAACAGGAUCAGAUAGAUCAGGACUAUCUUAUGGCAUUAUCUCUACAACAAGAACAGCAGAGCCAAGAGAUCAACUGGGAACAAAUACCCGAAGGAAUCAGUGAUUUGGAACUAGCAAAGAAACUCCAAGAGGAGGAGGAUAGACGGGCUUCUCAAUAUUACCAGGAACAGGAACAAGCAGCAGCAGCAGCUGCUGCUUCUGCUUCUCCACAGGCCCAGCAAAGCCAGCCAGCACAAGCCUCUCCAUCAAGUGGAAGACAAUCUGGGAAUAGUGAACGUAAACGAAAGGAACCUCGAGAAAAAGAUAAAGAAAAAGAAAAGGACAAAAAUAGCUGUGUCAUUUUGUAACAAGUGAUUUCCUAUACUAGCAUGAUAAAUCAUCAGAGAACCUGUUUGGGGUAUAACACUUUGAUACAAAAUAUCUGGUGAGUCUCUUGUUAAUAACCUAGAAUAUGUGUACAUUGUGAAAUAAUCAAAUUACUACAGAAUUCUCUGUUGGCUCAAGCAAGUUGACCUUAGUUCACGUUUACUCUUGAUAUCACUCUAUUGGUUGGAGGAGAUAAAUGAAACCUUAGGGUUUGUUUUUCCUAGAAGAGAUAGUAGUGACAGUGCAUUAUAUUUUAAUAAGAAAAACAAAACAGUAAAUCCUGAGAAAUUUUAAAAAGCAUAUUUGAGGCGUAUUUUUCCAUAAUUAUAUACUUAUCUAUUUAUUACCCUUGAAAAAUAUAUGUGUAAAAGUUAUUCUUCUGUUAUUUGUUACUAUCUUCUUAAUUUGUUCCAAAGAUAAUACUGCCAUUCUGCAUUCCCUCUGGAAGGAAAAAAAAAAACAAAAAACAAAAAAAAAACAACUCAAAACCAGCAGUGCUGCUAUCAGAUAAGUAGAUGUCAAUGUAUACUUAUAAAAAAUAACUAAAAAAUGUAAUGUGUUUGUUAAUUCAACCUUUUUUCUACAUAAUAUUUCCAACUCAGACUUUCUUACAUUCCUGGAAUUCAGUUUGAUAUACCAAGAGUAAUACUGAUAAAAUGUUUGCUUUGAUUACUGUGAGGAAAAAAUUAAAUGUUCAAUUCUAUUAAAACAAACUUCUUGGGAGAUACUGGUUUCCCAACCUUGAAGGUUAGAGCUAUUGUGUCUUUAUAUUCUUAAAUUUUGCUCAAGGCAACAAAUUACAUAUUCAGACAUUUCAUUGCUGGUUUGGGGAUAUUGGAAUUUGAUAGUGGUGUAUUACAGGCUUUCCUUCGCAAUAUUUUGUAGUACUUGAAAACUGUUACAUGAACUGCUAGCAGAAGUUAGAACUUAAACAUUUUUGUUUUUACUAUUUGUAGGCUAGAUUAGGGACACAUUUGUAUCAACCGAUCACUAUUACAGCUAGCAAAAGAGACAUGAAUGAAUGGAUAUGGUCACUGCACUUUCUUGUACUUUCAAAGGCUAUUUCAUAAGUUUAGUGACCAGUCUUUGUUAGUAAUAUGAAAAGUGUCCUCAUGUGUAACCCCAGUGAAUCAACAAUGCUGUGAUUUACAAUAGGUUAUCAACACUUAGAAGUACGUGUGAGAGAGAGAGUGAGAGAGAAUGUGUGUGUGUGUGUGUGUGUGCGCGCGCGCAUGUGAGUGUGUGUGUUUGAAGCAAGGAUCCAUGACUUCUAUUGUCAAAGGAAUCUGGGAACCUUCCCUCAAAUUUUACCAUUUAAGAAUACACACACACAUAAAUAACCUAAGCCGUUUGGGGCAGCUAAAAUUGGCAUUGGCUGUUUCUUAUAAUAUGCUGGUCCAGUGUGCUUAGGUGAAGUAACUUCUUCCAUGUUUCAGGGUAUCUGUUGGCUUAACAGUUGAGUGAGGCAUAGACUAGAGUUCAGGAUUAAGUUGUAUAAUAUAUUUUGUUUUAGUCUCUCAUAUUUCUAGUAUUUGACUACUUAUCCCAUAUCAUGUUUCAAAUUCUUCCUCAUACUUCUUGAUCUUAGCUUAAUUAAGCAAGUUAGUAUUAGAGAUUAAUUGGCUGAAUCCAACAUUAACCAUUUUGUACUUGCACAAAACCUUAACACUUUGUUUUUACUGAAUCACCAGCUCUGGUCAUUAAGAGAGAUCUUGAGAGAAAAGAGGACUAGAAGGCAAAUAGAUAUCUAAGGAAAGAAUUAUAGUCCUCAUAUUAAUGUUGGCAUAUGAAGCUGAUAUUUAUAAAGUCCUGCUGGAGAAAUACAUUCAAGGCAAAAAUUUCCAGAACUGUCCUCAAACUCAUUUAUUUAAAAAAAAAAUUGCUUUAAAGCAAAAUGAUUACAUUUCACUUAAUUUCCUAUUAAAUAUUCCACUUAUUUUAAAAUACGAUAGAAAACCUACAGGCUUUGCCUGCCGUACAAUAUUUGGGCAUACAACUUAAACUGUAAUUGUAAACUUACUAAUGUUUGAUAAAAUACAUGGAGGCAUUAAAGAUAGUACAUAAUUUGUAUUUUAAGGAACUAGAAAUAGGAAUUCUGAACUGUUUUAUGUCUAAAAAUCUGGCUUUUAUCUUUCCAUGGACAAACUUUCUAUGCCUCAGUUUACUCUAAAUAUGUAAAAGAUGUUCAUUUUUUCAGAGCGUCAACACUCCUGAGUAAAGGACAAAGUAUAAGCUCAGAGUAUUACUUAAAUAAUCAUAUAUAUAGUUUUUGUUCUUGAGUGUGCAGAUCUUUUCCCCAAUCACAAUAUUUCUUAAAGUCAGUUUUUUUAAUGCUGUUAAAUUUGUAAAAUUACCUUGUCUUUGAGUAUGGCAUUAUCUCUUCCUAAAAUGUAUUUUGCAGUUGCUUUUGGACUAUACGAUCAAAAUCAAGAGAAUUUGGGGAGUAUAAAAAGCAUUAAAAGUCUAUUUUUUCCAGUAUCUUUCAUAUAUCUAAGUAUUUAGAUUCCCUUUGCCUUUUUCUCCAUGUAACAAAGCACAUUGGUAUCAGGUCACUAAUACAUACAUGUAAAACUUUUGCGCAUGGAUGAGAGGUCCUAGGUUCUCUAGGAAUAUAAUGGCUUUUUGUUUUAUUUUAUUUUAUUUUAUUUUACUGAUAUAGCUACUGAGAAAAUCUUAUGAAGAAUCAAUGUUACUUUUCUCAGGUGACACUUUAAAACAAAGUUUAAAAUCGAAGGCUUGUUAGCCAAAAAAAUUUACGAAAGAGAGAUAAUGGAGUCUGAGGGACAGAUUGCAGAACCCUGAUAAUUUUAACUUCUUUUGAAGAUUUAUCUUAAUUUUUUAAUUAAUGCAUGUCUCUUAAUCCCAGGGUCUCUGCUGUUAGAAAUUAGAGUUUAAUACAUUGUGAUAUGCAUAUGUAUUUUUACAUAAAGUAUUCUAAUUUCUAGUUUCACUUUUCUGAUCUAAAAACAUUAAAUUUUAAAAAACUGGGUAAAAGUCUUCCAACUGUUGCUUCAAGUUCGGGUUUGUCCUUUUGUCCUGAGAUUUAGACUUCUCUCCCUAUAACAGUAUUUUUUAGAACAUGGUACUAUCCCAUAUAAGGUAUUGAAAUACCAUAGCAGAAAUACAAAACCUAAACUUUAAAUCACAGUAGAUUUAAAAGACCAAAAGAGUUCUAUUGUUAUUCUGCAGUGCCUGUUCUUUACCUAAUAUUUUAACUUUAAGAAUUUAAGAAUUUUUUCAAAUAACUUAAUAAUUUGUCAUGAAUUUUAAAAACUUUAUAUCCAUCUUAACUACACUACAGAGAGGCAGAGAUGCCUCCUACGAAGAGGAUAUACAAAGCAGAAUUCUUCUGAUGGUGAUGCUGGCUUCUUUGGGUCUAGUAGUUACAACUUUAAAUAGGAAGUCAGAAAACACAAAUUCCCAUCUAAAUUCCCCUAUCAGUGACCUGUCCAAAUGGGCAUUAUAAGUAAAAUACCCUAUAGAGUGAUUCUGACUAGUAGAAUAUGUUUAUAGACUAAGAUUGGCAUUUAAUCUUUGAAGAUCUGUCUGAUGUGUCUCAAUUUUGUCAGUUUUUACUCCUUUUCACAUCUUAGUUGUAUGAUAUAAUCAUUAUUUUCCAGAGUACAGUGGAUAUCAUAGUUCUACAGAUUUUUCAAGAUGAGGAUUUGAAAAACUUCCAAUGGUUUUUGUUAAAAGGCGAUUUUCCUCAAUAAAAUGACAACUAUUGUUUUCACAGAUCCACACAUCACAAGUAGGACAAUAUCAUAGAAGAAUGAUGUAUGAUUGCUCCACAGCAGUCAGCAAAAGGGAUAAUUGGAUAAUCUUCACUUGUGAAACUUCAGAGGUACCUGAAAGUCAUUUCCUAAAGUUAGUGCAUGUGAGUCUUUUUCCUUGAAUUGUGCAGAAUAAUUGGAUAUGGCACACAUUUUGGGGAAUAGGAAGUGAAAUGGUAUAAUGACUGCAGAGCGAGUGAUUUUGAAAUGUCGCAAGAAGAAACAAGUUUUCUUCCUCCACUUCACUGUGUGACUAUUUGGGUCAGGAAGUUGCUAUGACAUACAGAUCUCUUUGUGCUAGGCCAAGAUUGGCCAAUUGAAAUAGAGUUCUCAAGGAGUUUGAAUAUAUAGAUUGUGUAUGAGCACCUAUUUUAUCCUUUUCUUUACUAUCUUAAUGCCCUUUCUACUUCUGAAACAAUUCAUCCAUUUUGCUUCAUGACCAGCUUUAAUUCCAGUUUGAGAAUAAUAGCACCCCUAGAAAUUGAUACAAAACAGCAUUGAAAUACAUUUUUCAAAUGAUACCUAAAAGCGUCUACCCAGCUUAGAAUUGAACUGAAUUUCUAUGAAAGAAAGUUAUUGUUUUAAAUGCUAAUUAUGUUAAAACUAUUUAAUUCUAAAAACUAUGUCUUAAACAUAUUCCAAAAGUUUCACUUUUGGAGGCUAUUCCUUUAAAAAGGCAUAUUGAACAUAGAUGGGAAAGUGUAAAAUAUUUCUGAUAGAAUUAUUCAGUAUUAUUCAACAUUUAAUUUCAUGUUUGUUAUUGUACCACAAGGAUAGUGUCAUUCUUGGAUUAAAAUGUUGGACCUUUUGUUAAUAUACUUAAAACUGUAACCAGUGAUAACACCCUUAGUAUUUUUUAUUAUAGAUUAUAUUUUAUUUCAAUAAACUUUGAUAUUUAGACCAAA